AUGAGUUUGAUGUCAGAAAAAGCUACAGACGAUUCAGAUUUGCCACAACGUAAUAUUUGGGCACAAAUUGGAGCACAUAAAACUAAUCUAGACAGGCGAUACCAAAAAUUUCUUGAUGAAGCAACUCCAUAUACAGUGCAAAGAUGGUUAUCAACAACGUUUUUACUAGCAUUAUUUAUGUUUAGAAUUUUUCUGGUGCAAGGUUUUUAUAUAGUGACUUAUGCAUUAGGAAUUUAUCUUUUAAAUUUAUUUUUGGCAUUUUUACAACCAAAAUUUGAUCCUUCAUUGGAAAUGGAUAUUGCCGAAAGUAAUGCAGAAGAAGAAGGACCAUCGCUUCCUACAAAAGCUGAUGAAGAAUUUCGUCCAUUCAUUCGAAGAUUACCUGAAUUUAAGUUUUGGUAUUCCUCAACCAAAGCAAUUACUAUCUCUAUGAUUUGUACAUUCUUUUCCAUGUUUGAUGUUCCAGUAUUUUGGCCAAUACUUUUAAUUUAUUUCAGUAUUCUUUUUGCAAUUACUAUGAAAAGGCAGAUCAAACAUAUGAUAAAAUACAAGUAG